AUGCUGCAGCCGGGUCUCACGCCCCUCCUGGGUGGCCUUUCAAGAGCUCUGGGCGCUCAGGGGCUGCCGCCUCUUGCAAUUUUCCUCCUGGGAAACAGAGGUUUGGACGCCCAUAUUAACUUGUCAUUGAGUCUCCGAAGUGAGGAGGCCCCUUUGGAAAAGACAGAGGCAACGGGGACGCACGAGUCCCGCUCCGGAGGCUACGGGUCUGAGCUGGCGAGGGAAAGAGCGAGCAGCCGUGGGAGGAAAGGAGCGAGCAGCGAAGGAAGGAGAGAAGGGCGCACGGGGCCCAAGACGUCUCCACCGAGAGGCAGCUGCCGCCCUGCUCGCGAGCACCGCAGUGUCACCCGCGACCCAGCAGAGGCGCGGCGAGAGCCCCCGAAAGGUCUCUCUUGGAGUGACAGUCACCGCUGCCCAGAAGGCGCCCGGACAGACAGCACCUUAGCGCCUGCGGGUCUGCACAUGCUCCGUGCACUAGAGCGCGGCUAGGCUGUGGCCGUGGGGCGCGGGCGCCGGGACGCGCGGCUGGCGGGCCGGGCUGGGCUGCGCUCGGAAGCAGCCGCCGCGCUUCCCGGGAAGGCUGCGCAGGCUGCGGGGCUCAGAGCAGGGGAGGACAGGCUGCGGCAGGAGCGGCUGCGGCGCGCGCUGACAGCCGGGGCCGCCCCGUCGCACCCAUUGGUCCACGGCGCGCCAAUCAGUGGCCGCGGCUCUCACUGCAAAGAGGGCGUGGCCUCAACUCUGGCUGCCGCCGAAACUCUGGGGCCGCGCUUGGCCGGGAGUACAAAGCGGGCUGGUGGACGCUCUGCGGCACUGCUCCGGCCGCGCGCCUCCCGGGGGGCCCACACCCCCGCGUCCCUGAAACCCUUCUUUUGAAAAAUGCCCUUUCGAACGCAACUGCCCGCCCCGGAGCCACGCGGGCACGGCUCGGGGGACGUUUAUUUCCUUUUUCAAAUUGCUCGGGUUACCUUAACGGUUUGAGUCUUCCGGAGUCACGCCCGCAGCCUCGCUGCCCCCAUCUGGCUUGGGCAGGGCCGAAGCUCGUCUCCCGCGUUCAGAACGCGCCAGCCAUUUCUCUGCCUGCUCUUCCCGGCGGGCCGGGCGGGGGGCCUCCCAACGGCUUCCUCUCCAGUUUUCAAAGGCUGCACAUUUCACUUAACUAUUUGAAGUAUUUAUAAGCAAAUACAAUACGCAGGGAAGCUUCCCGCCCCGAGACAGCUCCUCCACGCAACCUACCACAGACUCUGUAAUUAGAGUGUCCCGAGGAAGCCGGGAGAGGCUCCAUGACCCCGGCAGGCUCUGGCCAAACCUUGCUGCGUUUCAUGGAGCCCCUCCCUGUCCGCGCUUGGGACACACUGGCCCCACAGGUUCCUCCACUAAAAUUCGUUCUUUGAGUUCCUCUGUGGUUUCCUCGCUGACUCAAAGUGUAUAAGAAUAAAAAGGAAACUGAGGAAUGAUCAGGCAGGCCAGGCGUCGCGAUUUAUGAAUGAGGAGGCUCCACCCUGUAGACCUCCCUGGAUUUGAAUUGGGCAACUUCUUUAAGCUUACACGCAUCUUUGUAAAGCUUCUGUUUUCACAGGUAGUAAGGUGGAGGUUUGACUACAUUUACCUAAUGAACUGUUGUUUGAAUUAAAUUAAAUGGUUGGUGCAUGACAGUCAUUUAGCACAAGUACCUGGCAAUGUAGGAGUCCAAUAAAAGCUGGAUUUUAUUUUC